GUUGCGUUGGAUUCGAUUGCAGAGUGUCAACAAUGGCUUCUUCUUCGUCUUCAUCAUCGGGUGCUACAGAGCGAAGAGGAAUACCAGGUGCUCAGUUCGUUGAAGAUGUUCAAACUUAUCUCACUCAAUUAGGUCUCGAUGUUAAUUCCGCUCUCGCUUUUCUUCAAGAAAGACUUCAGCAAUACAAGGUUGUUGAAAUGAAGCUUCUUGCGCAGCAAAGGGAACUUCAGGCAAAGAUACCGGAUAUUGAAAAGUGCCUAGAAGUUGUUGCUACAUUGCAAGCUAAGAAGGGUACUGGUGAGGUUCGUUUGACGCCGUAUUUUAUAUAACAAAUUAUAGCAGUAAAUA